GCCGGAGCGCCACCAACUCGUUGGCGUCCUUCCUGAUGCAAUAGAUAUUUGAAGAUUUACGGACUCCAAUCAAAUCCCCCUUAAAAAGAAAUUGAGGAGCUAUAUUUGACCAAAGAGGACUCAGGAGGAGUCAGUCAGCGGAGAAGUGCGAAGUUACAUAGGUGCACCAGAGGUAGGGGCAGCCAGCCGGGGUGAUCUGAGUGUUUCCUGGCUUUGAUGCGACCCGAGUGUGCCUGGAGCAUGUCCACAGUGGGCCUGACUGCCCAGGAGACAUCUUUUCCCAUAGAAAACCCCUUCCUGCGGGGCAGCCACUGUCAUAGCAUGGCUGGAUCCAAAUCAUCCUGGAGCCAUCGCCAUGAGCUGGACAAUAACAGCUUCUACUUCAGUAUGGACACUGCAAAUGCAGACACGCACAGCUAUCGUGCCCAGCAAAAGGGGCCACCUCCACCAUCUCCAAGUUAUGAGAGACAUAAACACAGUCCCAGCACACAGAGAUUACCUCCCAAGAAAUCCCGGCCCUCCCAUCUCUCCCUGUCCUGCAAUGCUGAACCAUCCACCCCGAGUCCUGUUGAUGAUGACCAGGUGGUCCCCUCAUUCCAGAGGCUCUCAGUGUACGAGUGCAGCAGUCCACCACAGACACCAGGCAGAUGCUCCAAGCCUCUACCUCCAAUCCCUCCACAGACAGACAUUUCCCCUGAGCAGGCAAUGGACAAUGAGGUAGAAUUUUUCACAAGUUCAGACGAUAGCUGCUGCCUUGUGUCUGAUCAGUGUCCAAAAUCAUCACCUUUUCGAUAUGGAGUCCCAAGCCGAAGGAGCUUCAGGGACUGUGGGCAGAUUAAUUAUGCUUACUAUGACGGUCCUUUAGGACCGCAAAGCCAGAUGCAGCCCCAACAGCAACACCAGGCACAUCCUCCACAGGAAAUGCGGGACCAGCACGAGCAGCAGCGACAGGAACUGUCAGUGGUCUGUCAGAGACAGCAGGAUAAGGCUCAGAGGAGGCUACGGCGCUCUCACUCAGGCCCAGCUGGAUCGUUUAACAAGCCCUCUAUGCUGCGCCUCCCGUGCAACAAACGCCACACCCACAGUACGGAUAAGCCAGAGGUGCCACCACCUAUCCCUCCAAGACCAAUCAAGACAGUAGACUACCGCCGCUGGUCAGCAGAGGUCUCGUCUGGGGCUUACAGUGAUGACGACCGACCACCCAAGGUGCCUCCUAGGGAUCCUUUGUCUAGAGGCAGUUCCCGUACCCCGAGCCCAAAGAGCCUCCCGACAUACAUCAAUGGAGUGAUGCCCCCCACCCAAAGCUUUGCACCAGAUCCUAAGUAUGUAAGUUGCCGGGGUUUACAGAGACAAAACAGUGAGGGCUCCCCCUGCAUCCUUCCUGUAAUGGAGAAUGGCAAAAAGGCAAGCACCACACACUAUUACCUUCUGCCUGAGAGACCGGCUUUCGUGGACUCACCUUGUGUGGAGAAAUUUCUUCGGGUAAUGGACAGUCCAGCGGCUCGCAACACAGAUGUAUCAAAUUCAGACUGGGACUGCCACACCAGGAGGAAAGCACCUGUGGAUCUAGUUUAAAAGGUUUUAGUUGAAGUAGCAGAGGACUCUACUGUACAUGAGCAAAAACCACUUGACAAAAUGGUGAAACUGGAUGCUAACAAACCUCAAACUGCUGCUUUUACUAUUUUUUUUAAUUAUCCCCUUAUGUAUUCUGAACACAAAGGGUAUGUGCACACUGUAUUGAGUUACUGGUAAUGUUGGAAUAGCUAUCACAACCGAGAUCCUUUGCUUAAAAUUGUAUCUCUGACAUUAGAUAGUGGGCAAAAUUCAACAUUGUAAAGUAUAUUUUUGAUAUGAUUUUUAUUUCGUGACAUUCAAUGUUGUGCCGUUUUUUUGCUGAAGAUGCGGUACAAUCAAGGUACAAGCGGGCCUUGAACCUCACAUGCUCAGUGUUUUGUGUCUGGAAGUUUGAGUGUGUUCUGUGAGAUACAUUGGGGCUUUUUGAUGCUGCUUUUGUGUCUCACAAGGGACAAAAGGUCAGUAAUGUAACCAUGCGUCACUUAAUAUAUGAAGUAUAAAUACAAGGCAGACUAAUUUUUUAACAAUAUGAAGGAUGCUAGCACACAAAUCUCCAUUCUGUCUGCUAUUUUGUGUGUGGGGACAUGCUUUUUUUUUAGAGUACAUGUCAACUCUUACAUGGUCUCCCUGCUAUGAUGAAGUUUCAGUCUUACUCAGGCCAAUAUAUCUGUGUAAAAUUUGUGUCUCCCACAUGUCACGGUACAUUUUGUACUAAGAGGUGGAUACAUUACUGGUAGCUAUGCAUGUUUCCAUUGGAAUGUCUAGUGCAGCUUUUUUGGUGUAGUUGUCUGUGGAUGAGUGUGUUUGUGCGUAUGUAGGUGUGUUUAUGCAUAUGUGAAUUUGAACAGCAGACAGAAAAUUUGUUCUGAUGAUACUAUAUAGAGUGAACAAUUAGUAGAAAACUGUCAGCCAUACUUGUUACUGUGCUCUGCUUGUUUGCAGCACUUGCUUUUGAGUACAGCUGUCUGAAGUGCACACAUUCGAUUGCUUUCUUUUCAAUGUCCGGGUCUGUUUUGUUGCACAGAAAUUGGCCUGUUGAACAUAAGUGAAUGUAUGCUAGUCUUCAGUCAAACAGUUGGAGGAGCUCAUUUUUCACUGCAUGGAGCAAAUUUGCCUCAACUGCUACCUCCCUUCAUAUGUAUCCUAUACCCGAUUCAAAUAAGGCAAAAUCUAAAUUUAUAAUCUACAAAAGAUGAUGUGACCUGACACAUUUUUUUUUAAAUUAAGUAACACUCAAUUAAAAAACGGGUUUGGUUUAAGAGUUAAAAAGUAAAUUCUAACCGGAUAUCCUUAAAUAGAUUUUAGAUCACACAGAUGUUAGGCUUUCCUGUUAAUGCAUUACAAAGACAGUGCAGGGUUAUACCUACCUGACACAGACUUUCCUGUUCUGCUCAUGCAUUCCUGACUUACAUGAUUGCAGUGGGUGUGGUCUGAGAGACUUUGGCUGCUGGCAGCCAAGAAAAAAUAUGAAUUUUAUUGUUGUAGAUUAUUCAAGAAACAUCAGGAUGAUAUAUUAAAUGUAGCACAUGUAUUGAAGUAUACCCUUGUUAUCGAACACGGUGUUCAGUUUGGGGAAACAGAUAACUGCUAAGGUCAAACGGUCAUUGAAGUAUACUUUUUCUCUCCCUCCUGCUCACAAACACUUGCCAACACAAUGUUGCUUUGACUUAAACGUCUGAAAAAAUGUUUACAUCAUACACUGAUACUAUUUAAUCUUACGGUAUUCAUAUGUCUUAUUAGGAAUAAUAAAACUGAAUGAACAAAAAAUGAAAAAAUAACUUCUCUGCUGUGGUGAAGACAUGCACUGGGAGAGUACAGUAUGCUGUGUACAGUAUUUAACGAUUCCAUUUGUUGUUAUGAAUAGUUGUUAAGUAUAUAGUCUUCAAAAAGAAAGCAAAAUAAAAUGACUUAUUUAUGA